GGAUGGGGGCGCAGUAGAGCCGUCAGAACUGAGCCUGUGGGAGCCCCGGAGCGAGGCAGAGACCCAGCCCGGCCGCCGUUGCCCAGCCCGAAGCAGAGCCGUACAGCGCCCAGAGGGGACCGGGCUGCCGCCGUCGGCGCCACCGAGAGAGCCAAGCUGCACAACCACCAGCUCCCCGAGCCCAGUGCCACAAUGGCAACUGCACCUUACAACUACUCUUACAUCUUUAAGUACAUCAUUAUUGGGGACAUGGGUGUAGGAAAGUCCUGCUUACUUCACCAAUUCACAGAAAAGAAAUUUAUGGCUGACUGUCCCCACACAAUUGGGGUCGAAUUUGGUACAAGAAUAAUUGAAGUUAGUGGCCAAAAAAUUAAACUGCAGAUCUGGGACACAGCAGGACAAGAGCGAUUUAGGGCUGUAACACGAAGCUACUACAGAGGAGCAGCUGGAGCUCUCAUGGUCUAUGAUAUUACUAGAAGAAGCACAUAUAACCAUUUAAGCAGCUGGUUGACAGAUGCAAGGAACCUCACCAAUCCAAAUACUGUGAUAAUCCUCAUAGGAAAUAAAGCAGAUCUGGAAGCACAGAGAGAUGUUACAUAUGAAGAAGCCAAACAAUUUGCAGAAGAAAAUGGGUUGUUGUUCCUUGAAGCAAGUGCAAAAACAGGAGAGAAUGUUGAAGAUGCAUUCCUGGAGGCUGCCAAGAAAAUCUACCAGAAUAUCCAAGAUGGAAGCCUGGAUCUGAAUGCUGCAGAGUCAGGUGUACAACACAAACCUUCAGCUCCACAGGGGGGUCGACUAACCAGUGAACCCCAGCCCCAGAGAGAAGGCUGUGGCUGCUAGUGACCUCUAUUCCAUGGCUCCGUUUUUGACCUUUCACCUCUGUUGAAAGCAGUACUUUUGACUGCUUCAUUGUCUUCUGUACAUCUUACUGGGUUUAAUUAAACUCUGAGACAACAGUUUAACACAAUACUAAACUGCUAAACAACUUUAGAUGUAAUCAGGUUAUCAAAGGCAAGUAGAGUAAUAAAACCUCUCCUGCAUGGUAAAUCUAGAAGUUUUUUUUUUUUUUUUUUUUUUUUCUUUCUCCCCCCCCUUCCAGUUGUCCUUGUGAUAGUGUCACCAAUACAUGAUUUAAACUGAGCACUGAUGCUGGAUUCAUGAUUUUACACUUUUGCAGGGCCUUUUCUUGUACGGUUUAAUUUUAUGGUUCUUCAGCCUUCCUUCCCCAUCUGUAACUGUUCUAAAUCUGUCCAUAGUAACUGAUGUUUAUUUGCUGUGAAAUGACUUGAUGGUAGAAAAGGGGUUCUAUAACAAUGUGCUUUUGUUGGAGGAAUUCCCUGUGGCGGGUGUGUAUGUUGGUGGGAUAGCUUGUUGCAGGAGUAUACAACUUACUUCUUCUGUCUUAGCCUAGCACAGGGAAAACAGUCCACUCUUUCUUCUUGUGCUCAGUAGCUUUACAUCAUUUUUUGCCAUUUUAUCCUUUACAUUUGUUAACAGAACGUAAAUAUGUAUAAAAUUUGAAGGAACUGAGCUAACAGUUAAAUACAUUCUGUGUAUAUGAUUUUAAUGAAGAAAAUAAAUUGAUUACUGGCAUUAGAACAGUAUAUAAGAAAAUAUCAGUUUGUACAGUAUGAUCUAUAUGUGACCACAUUGCCCCGUUUAGUACAAAAAUAGAUGUAACUGCAGUUCACUAACAUAGGCUUAACUCCUUGGUGUCAACAGUGGGCAUUGUGCUGGGGAACUUGACUCCCAAUGCAACAAUAUUAACACUAGUGGAAUAUCUGUCUUUGUUCCAUCUUUGCACUGUGGUAUAUCUAUGCCUCUUUAUUAACCCUGUUUUUGUGCAAUCAACAGUGUGCUAACCUGCUUUUCUCUUUUUGUAAGCAUUUUGCAUUGGGCUUAAUUUCCUGCCUUGCAUUGUAUAGAAUGGCUGGUUCUAUUACACAUUUUAUGCUUUUAUACCUUUUUUGGAGUGGUCUGAUUCUGAACUGGACAGUCAGAACUCUCUAGGGAUUUUUAACUACUUUUGCAUUUUUAUUUACACUACAGUGAAACUUUUUUAAACAAUUAGGGUCCCCUCUUACUAAAAGCAUUUAGAAUACUGCCUUCAUGAAAUUACACGUUGAAAGUACUCUUUAUAAAAUCGGAGAGUCCAAAUAGUAUUCAGGCAUAUGCAGACUCUGUUAAAGUACAUGUGAUAUUUUCUAUUUGGUUAGACCAGUGUAUUUCAAUCUCUACACACAGUACCAUGCUUCACAUGAAAUCUAAUUUUCAUUUCUGAAACUUCAGAUUUGAUUUAGAGGUGGCAGGGGGAAAGAAUAAGUGGCUAAGAAAGAUAGAACAUGCUUUUGUUGUACCUACCAUUCAUUCAAUAUUUAGUCAAACUGCAGUGUUUAAAAUACAAAGUAGUCUUAAAAUCCCUCUCUACAGACACUAAGAGAAACUAUCCAAUGUUCAGACUUGUAAGCAAACAGUGGUACCAGAGUAUUGUACAGUCAAUGUUAAAUAAAAGCCAAAACUGAAAUGUGCAGACAAUAGGAUUUGGGUGACUUGUGCACUGUCCCUUGUUUUUGUCUGAUUAGUCUUUUUUUAAACCUAAGAUUAUUAAAGUAGAUUGGUAUAAUGUUAAAAAUUUAUGGCUGAUGCAUUUUGCUAAAACAAAGUUGCGCCGCUUAGGGGUUGCCCAGGGACCAUGACCUGCUGAUGAAACAAAAUUUGGGUGAAGUAAACAGCAUUCUAAUGACUACAGCUUGUUGAGGUGCAAUGCCCUUAUUCCCAAAGUAAGUUACAGUAGGUCUCAUUGUUUCUGUGACAGAAAGGACUUGUUUGGACUGCUGUACUCUUCAUUUGGUGUAACUAUGCUAUUAAUCUAAAUAUUUGUAAAUAAAGUACCUGUAUCUAGAUAAA